GUGGACGCUUCCCAGAUCAAGGUGUCGGGCCCGGGCCUGGCAGAGGGCACACCCGGUAAACGGUGUGUACUAUGUUUUGCCGGCGCCCCCAUCGGCGACCUGGAGAAAGGUCUGACCACUUCGGUCGACGGCCCACAAAAGUCGGAGAUUAUAUUUGAUUUUGAGAAAGAGAACCAGGAUGGUAAUGUGGAGGGUUAUUAUGUGCCGAUUCUGCCUGGUGAUUAUAAGAUUACCAUCAGAUAUAAUGGCAGACAAGUGCCCGGCAGUCCCUUCCGGCCCAAGAUUACUGGGCCCGCAGUUUCGGCCGAAAAGCUUAUAUCUAAGGUGUCAAUCCACGGCCGGGCGUCUGAAUUGGGUAAAGCAUUUGCAGUGAACGAGUUUGUUAUCGAUUGCAGUCGCGUUAAGCCAGUCAUAGGUAGCCUAAAAGUGCACGUGAAAGGCCCGGAGCGAUCAUCGGCUCAACUAAACUUGGUGGACAAUAAAAACGGCACAUUCCGGGUGUUGUACAAACCCACCGGAUCAGGCAUGUACGAAAUGGACAUCAAAAUUGCCGAGGCACACAUACCCGGUUCACCUCUCAAAAUACGUGUCACUGAAUUUUUGUCGAGUUAAACUUAAAUAACUAUGGGCAUUGUUUAUUUUUAUUA